AUGAGGAUCAUCUUCUUCUUCUUCAGAAGGAGACCUCCGAGCAGCCUCCUCUCCUCCUCCUCCGGCGCCCCUUUCUUCCGCCAUGCCGAACCAGCGCCGCCGGGCGCCGGCAGCGCCGCCGCCCCUCGAACCCACCACUGCUGCCCAUCCGCCUCCCUGAUUCGGCCCUUCUCCUCCUCCUCCGGCGGCGGCGCCGGCGGGCUGCCGGAGUACGAGAUGCCGACGGUGACCUGGGGAGUGAUCCAGGGCCGCAAGGAGAAGCUCGUCUCCCGCGUCAUCAUCUCCGACUACCUCCGCUCCCUCGGCAUCGUCCCCGACGAGCUCGAGCCCCUGGAGCUCCCCUCCACGGUGGAGGUGAUGAGGGAGAGGAUCGAGUUCCUGCAGAAGCUCGGCCUCUCCAUCGACGACAUGAACGAGUACCCUCUGAUGCUCGGCUGCAGCGUCCGCAAGAACAUCGUCCCUGUCCUCGGCUACCUGGAGAAGAUCGGCGUGCCCAGAUCGAAAAUGGCGGAUUUCAUCAGGAGCUACCCGCAGGUGCUCCAUGCCAGCGUGGUGGUGGAGCUCGCGCCGGUGGUGAGGUUCCUCCGUGGGCUCGACGUGGAGAGGCAGGACGUCCCCUUCGUGUUGCAGAGAUACCCCGAGCUUCUAGGGUUCAAGCUCGACGGCACCAUGAGCACCUCCGUGGCAUUCCUGGUCGCCAUGGGAGUCCGGCCCCGGGACAUAGGCCCCAUGGUGACCCAGUUCCCCUUCUUCCUCGGCAUGAGGGUCGGCACCACCAUUAAACCUCUGUUCGAGCUGCUCCUGUCACUGGGGCUGCCGAAAAUGGUGGUGGCGAGGAUGGUGGAGAAGCGGCCGUACCUGCUAGGGUAUGAUCUGGAGGAGACGGUGAAGCCGAACGUGGCGGCGCUGGCGAGCUUCGGGAUCAGGAGGGAGGCCAUCCCCAUGGCGGUGGCGCAGUUCCCGCAGAUCCUGGGGAUGCCGCUGAGGGCGAAGCUCGCUGCCCAGCAGUACUUCUUCUCCCUGAAGCUUGGGAUCGAACCAGAAGGGUUUGCGAGGGCGAUGGAGAAGCUCCCGCAGAUAGCGGCCCUGAACCAGGCGGUGAUGGUGAAGCCGGUGGAGUUUCUGAGAGGGAGGGGGAUUGCGGCGGAGGAGGUGGCGAGGAUGGUGGUGAAGUGCCCGCAGCUUCUGGUUCUCCGAGUGGAGAUGAUGAAGAACAGCUUCUACUUCUUCAAGAGCGAGAUGCGGCGGCCGGUGGCGGAGCUGGUGGAGUUCCCGGAGUUCUUCACCUACAGCUUGGAGGGGCGAGUGAAGCCGCGGCACCGGCGAGUGGCGGAGAAGGGGAUCAGCUGUGGCAUGGACUGGUUCUUGAACUGCAGCGACAGGAGGUUCGAGGAGAGGAUGAGAGCGGAGAUGAUGGAGAGGGAGGUGCGGGGACCGGAGUUCUCCAUGGGAGGACGGCUGACCAUGCCGGCGAGGGGGGCGGCGGUGGCGCCGCCGCCGGUGGAGGAAGAGGAAGAUGGGGAUAGUGACGGGGAGGUGCUCUACAGGAGGACGGUCUCGCUGCAGUGA